UUCUUUUACCUACAAUCUCUAAGCGGCGAGUUGUUCGCAAAACGUUCACUUCCUGAAUCGGUCGGUCAGUAGUCGAUUUAGAUCCGUGCAGGAUCGUUCAAAUUGUAUGUAUGUAAACGUGCUAUGGUAUAACCCAGAUUUUCUGGGCCAUCAUGUGUCUUCGCUAUUCGAUGCUUUCGAUAUUAGUUUUUUGUCCGAUUUCGGUUUUGUGUUCUGGGACAUUCGAUAAUCAUGAAUGUGCGCGUUCUUGUUCCGGCGAAAUACUUUCCAGAAAAACAUGCAUUUAUCGGUUCUUCGUCACAGAAUCGCACGAUGCAAUAAGUUCCUGCGACAAAAUCGAAGACAAAGACAAGAUUUCUACAUGUACAAAUAUUAUCGCACCAAAAAACUUUUUGACAAUUAAUGGAAGAAGUCCGGGACCAGCUAUACAAAUUUGUCUGGACGACACAAUAGAAGUUUUUGUUUACAACAAAUUAAAAAACGAUGAAUUGACCUUCCAUUGGCAUGGAAUCCGCCAAAAAGACUUUAAUUAUAUGGAUGGUGUGCCUAUGAUAACACAGUGUCCAAUUUUACCCUACAAUGGUUUUCGUUAUAAGAUAAAUCCCGAGAAAGCAGGAACAUAUUUCUAUCACGCUCACUCAGUCUCACAGCAGGGCGAUGGAGUGUACGGGUCGUUGACAGUUCGAGGACCACGUGACAACGCCAGUCUGGAAAGGAUACUUGUACUGUCAUCAAGGUCGUCAACUCCGCUAACACAACAAACACUCCUCUAUCCACUUACACCUGAUGAGCUCCUUGUAAAUGGUCAGGCACGAGAAGUAUUUAUACAAGUAAAGCAUGGCUUUUCCUAUUUAUUGCGUAUCAUUAAUGCCAAUGCUCACAACUGUCCCAUUUUAUUAUCCGCCUAUGGACACUCGCUCCGAGUACUGGCUGCUGAUGGCGAUCCUGUACAAUCGAUGACUGGCACGCAUGUCGUUUUAUUCCCAGGCGAAAGAUUCGAUUGCAUUCUAGUGGCCGAGCAGACGAUCGGCAAGUAUGCCUUCGACAUUCAGGGUCUUCGAGAUUGUCGUAAUUUGCGUCACGAAGCAUAUAUUUUUUACGAGAAUACCAGAUUGGAUUCCUAUGCGAUAAAGGCUACUGCUGACAACCUCGAUGAACAAGCAUUUAAAAUCAUUGAAAGUGGUCAUCGUUGUCAUAGGGUAUCGAAAAAUAUUAUUUGUUCAUUGGAUCUGAAGAGUACAAAAUUACCGCAAUUGGAAGAAAAAGUGGACGAAACAAUCUAUGUGCCUUUUGACAUGAAUGCCUUCUCAUUUUUUACGGACGAGAUGACAGAUAAUUCUUACAAUUUUUACGUAUCGAAACACUAUCCAGUUUACUUGAGCUUAGAAAAAGGCGUGACGAAGAUAUUGCAGAUUAACAACAUGUCUUUUAAAUAUCCUUCAUCUCCGAUAUUAUCGCAACCGGAAAACACCCUGGAGGACUCGAUUUGCACCCUUGACAAACGUUCUAGUAAUUGUGCCGACACGCCGUUGUUUUGCGAAUGUCUGCAAAUACUUCAAGUUUCACCGCAGAAAACAAUAGAGAUUGUAUUAAUAGACGAAGGCUUCGGAGGCAAUGUAUCUCAUACGUUUCAUCUGCACGGUUAUAAUGCUAGUAUCGUAGGCCAAGAGAGUUUCGAGCGACCUAUUACCAAAGAUGAAAUUAUAUCCUUGGAUCGUAGUAGAAGAAUACACCGAAAUCUUGUGAAUCCGGUUCGAAAAGAUACUUUUGUUGUACCGAAUAAGGGCUAUGUUAUUCUUCGAUUCUACACCGAUAAUUUAGGAUAUUGGUUAUGGGAAGCGAGAAGUACUGCUAUACAUCCUCAAUUGCUCGGGCCUGGAAUGCAAUUCGUAAUGAGAGUGGGAUUCGAUCGAAAUAUGCCUCUUGUACCGAUCGACUUUCCUAGUUGCGGCAGUAAUAAGGGCAUAGAUUUGAUAUUCGAGGACUCAUAAAUAUUUUUAAUAUUUUUCUAUAUGUAGUACGAAUAAAACAAAAAAAUAAAAUGCAAUCAUUUGUACAUCAAAUAUAAUCACUGAGUUAAAGGAAAAAAGAUUGAUAGAUUCGAUACAUCGGAUAUUGCUCAUUAUUAUCGGAAGAAUAAAUAUAUAUUGUUGAGACUGCUGUUUGAGACUGACGGAAAAUAAACUUUUUGUUAUAUGAAAUUUAUUUCAUCCUGUGAU